AUGGAGACAAACCAAUAUUACUGCCGAAGUGGAUUGCAACAGACUUCAUCGCCAUCAGCAAUUUCACAAACUCCCAUUAGUAAGAUGAAUUAUGGAAAUAAUGUUGGUCAAGAGUAUUUACCAUGCAGCUCAAACCAACCGGAGUCGGGUUUUAAUUCGAGGGAAAUGUCUUCACGAAAUGGGAACAAUAAACAAUUUAUUGGGAACCGAAACAUAGGAAAUCCUUAUGUGUUCUCAAACUGCAAUAACAGUGGUCAUUGUGCAAGCAAUACGAAUAAUGCUGGAAAUUAUAUAAACAUAAUGACAGUGCCAUUGGGAACUUUGCAGUAUAAUCGCAAGAAGUCGACAACCCAGGACUACCAAUCACGCCUAUAUUACAAUACCACGGAUGUGAAGUGCCGUGACGAUUACUAUUCAGGAAACAAUGUUAAACGUAUUAAUAACGAAAUCACUGCCCCUUCGCAUCAUCAACAACUUCAACUUCAACAACAACAACAACAACAACAACAGCAACAACAGCAGCAGCAACAACAGCAGCAACAACAGCAACAACAACAAACACAAAGUCAACAUCACAUGCAACAUCAACUGCAACACAUGAAUCAGAAUCCGCAUAAUCAUCAAUUGCAACACAGCCAACAGACAACCGCAUGCAGCCCAAACUCUCAGUCUGUCCUGGAGACUCUAGACGAUGCCGUCGAUUGUGCAAUGUAUUCCAAUCCAAGUGGAAGUGUCAGUGGCAAUGGCAAUGGCCGUGUUGUGGCCGCUACUCAGACGCAUCUUAACAAUGCUUGUGAGCAAACUCCAGUGUCUCUGGUUCCCGUCAAUGUGCCUGUUCCGCCUGUGAUGUACACAGUGCAUCGUGUGGUGACCACCGCUCAGAUCCAGACAGCGGUUGGAAGUACAUUUGCAUCGUCAGCGAGUGUUUCGAGUGUCGUUAGUGCCGGUCGCAAUGAUAACGACUGCAUGACAUCGGCACAAGUCACUUCAGCGAUGUCCAUGUCAGCCAAUGAUCCACAGUGUCACACUGCUGGUCUUCAUAUAUCUGAGAUAAGCGGAAAUAUCAUGAGCAACGCCAACGCACUUGGUCCUCUAACUGGUGUCCGCAGUCCAUCCGGUAUGCUUACAAAUUUCUUACCAGUUCAACAACAAAGCAUCAACAGCAAUGAAGCUCAACAGAAUCCUGCGAUAUCCAAACGGAUGAUUGGGGCUAACUCAACCUCCACAUACACAAGUGCCGGAAAACCCAAUUCCCUCGUAGCCCGCACUUUGCAAAAUGUUAUCCCGACGUGCGUAUACCUAAUGUCAAGAGUAGCCGUGCACAUGGAGAUCGAGGGAACAGCUCAGUGUCCUUCUCAAGUGAUGUUGGCAGCUGCAUUGGGCUGUGAGGAAUUGGGAAUAUCAAACAAACUGCUAGCGCAGAGUAUCUUUGGAUUAUGGAUGACCAGUGGGCUCCUGGAAAUGCAAUUGAAGGCACACCACUGUCCCUAUAUUGUCCGAGUGGCGUGGUCGAGUCUUCUUGAAAAGUUUAGCAGUGGCAAUCCCAUCGAACGAAAAUUUGAUGAACCCAUGAUUGUUCUUAAGCGGAAUGUGUUCUUUUCUAAGCGAGAUGAAGAGAAAAUUAAGGACCAUCGAAUUGUGGAGCUUCUUUACGAGGAGGCUAAGCAUUACGUGUUGACCGGAAGAUACAUUAUGGAGCCUGUGCAUUCUCUUAUGCUGGGCGGUAUUCAAGCUAGAAUUGAACUCGGUCCCUACAAUUCCCAUACGCACACUGUUAGUUUUUUUAGAGAGAACCAGUCAAGAUUUCUACCAAAACACGUUGCGAAAAGUUCCAAUUGGCUUUGGCUACCUAUAAGCCAGAAGAAUUCUGCUGAAAUAAAGCUUCUAGAGCAAUUUAAGAGAGUGCCACAGACAGCUACAACCCGGAAGCUAAUGCGAAAAUACUUGGAGUUUUGCUGGGCAUUACCAUUUUAUGGCGCUGCUUUCUUUCAUGGACAAAUGGAACAACCUGUUAGGGGAAUUAUGUCUUUGGUUAACCAUAAAGAUAUGGAGGUAUUGAUUGCUGUAAACGAGAGAGGAGUUUUUAUUAUAGACUGCUUUGAACACACUCUAUUAUUGGGCCUUCGAUAUGAAGAUAUGUCAUGGGAUUAUGCAAAACCAAGUGCCAGUGAUGAUCCUGAGUGUCUAACAUGCAUUUUCUUGCAGUUUGAUGCGGUGGAAAAUGGAAUACAAAUAUCUAAACUAGUACAAGUGUUCUCAAAGCAAGCUGCCAUGAUUGAUGCGCUUAUAUUGCAUUUUACGGAGCAGAUUCGGAAAAGAAAACAGGAAGGAAAUUCGGCAGAACAUUUUCAUGACGAACCUAAUCCUAUACAAAAUAAUGGAAACGGUGUAUUAUGCAAUAAGCUAUCUAGAUUGACUUUAGCCAGUUUUGAUGAGGAAGGCCGCUGUAUUGGGCAAAUGGGAUCAUUAUCAAUAAGCUAUUAACAAUUGUUAUAUACAUAGACAUAUAUUGAUGAAUUUGUUUAAUUUUAGGUAAUUAAAAGGUCGACUUAUAUGUAUGUAUAGUAAAUUAAUUAACUAUUGUACAUAGGCAUAUUUGUACAUACGUAUAACAUUUAGGGGGUUCUCGAUGAACCGAUUAAAAGAUUUAACUGGUGCAUGGCCAAACCAAAAUCAAUUCAAUCAAAUAUUCGUCUUAACUUCUUGUGUGCGGGUUAAACUGGUUUAUUGAUUAAAGCAGACGCACAACCAUUAAUAAGUACAUAUUACGACUUAGAUACAUAAACGAUUAUAUAUGCACAAAAUACCGAAUAAAUUAAACAUUUCUUAUGUAAGAUUUGUAUGUCAGAUGUGCACUUUUAAAUAUGUAAGAAUUCAGAUAUUUUCGAAAGUAUUUGUUUACCAAAUUAUUAUUUUAAUUUUCCGACGAUGCAUUUAUUUUUGUAAUUGAUCAAUUAUACGUGCACAAAAUAUACUUGUAUUCGCAGAUACAUAUAUAGAUACUAUCAAUUACAAUAACAAUUUAAUAGUUGAAAACGAUGAGAUUCUCACUUAUGACUUAAGGCUGAUGUCUUGAGUUAGUUAAUGAUUGAUUGAUUUGAUUUCUUAUGCCGUAAUGCCGUAAUGCAUACAUAUGUAAAUACUAUAUCCUUUUUAAAAAUGAAGUUACAAAUAAUAAAGACAGAACGAAAUUUAGUGUAAACGAAACCAAAUGGUUUGAUAAUUUCAUUGAAAAGAAUGAUAUAUUAACACAUAACAUAUAAAUUAAUUCUUAAAAGUAAAUUUAUAUAAUCUUAUAAUAGCCUGGUUCAAGUAUGCUUAUCGUUCUUUAAAUUUACAUUCAACACUUGUGGGGAUGUAAAGAAUAUUCGACAAUAUUGUAUAAUUAUUCUAAGUUCAUAUUUCAAGGUUAAUUUUUGUAUAUAUUCAAAUUUGAUAGAUUUAACGAAUUAUUUUGUUAUCUUAACAGUAUUAAGUGUAAGAACAAUUAUAAUUUUAGGAAUGCUCCAACUCUUAACUGAAAAUGAUCAGACACUUAAUAUGAUAUGAAAAUUGUUUAUGUAUAUAGUUUAAAUUAGAUAAUAUAAAAUGGAUUUCAUAAGGAUUACAAAAUAAAACCAACGCAAUGUGGAUAAUUA